AUGAUCUGAACGUGUAUGCGCUACUUUAUCAAUGGAGCUCGCAGCGCUCAUUCCUUCCGUUGGCGCUAAUGAAAAUUCGACUGCAGUUAAUGUGCCUGAGCUAGUGGAACAAUCUGUGGCAGAUGUUCCAAAUACGACCAAAGCGCCUAAAGCUAGUGUAGUCCCUGCUGAAUCCGGAGCAUCGAAAGGUGUGAAUCCACAUGGGGAAACCUGCGUGAGCUUUGAAAUUGAGCUGCAAGAUAUUUGCGAAUACGAGAAUACACAGGAAGUUCAAAUUUUGCAGUUGUAUGAAGACAAGUUCGGCAAGGUUCCUGAGGGUGAUCUGGAAGGCAACGAGGAAUAUGUAACGAUGCACAACUAUUGGAAGUUUCUGGAGUCUAAAAUGCUUCCCAAAUAUUCUUCGACCAUCAGACGUGAUCGCAUUGAGGAUUUGGCGGGUCGCUAUGCCAGCUUUGAUCUCAGCUCCAUUGGCACGGAGGACGAGAUCACCACCGAAGACCGGGAGUUCGUCGACAACACAAACAUGGUCGAUUUGUACAUUCCUGCCACAAUGGUUGCACCCUACCGAGGCUUCUACGUGAACGACGAGCCACUCUACUUCAAAAUGUCAGAAGAAGCAGAAUCUGACGGGGAAGGAGAGGGUGGGCUGACCUCACAAGAUGAGACUACUUCGCCUAUUGGAGGAGCGGGGGACAAGGAUAAAGAGAAAAAACGGAAGAGGAAACGAAAGGAUAUAUCUGAGAUUGUGAUUUCGAAGAAACAGAACACUGGCAGCCUAGAGGCUUCAGAGGGGGACAGUGUCUCGACUGCUGCCAGAUCUCACCUCGCUGGGGGAGGGAAAGCUGCAGCAAAAGUAGAUGGGUCUGGUCUCCCAACAGUGCCUAACUAUGUUUAUGAGGACUGGACUGAAACACAGGUUAAGGCACUGCGACAGGGAUUGCGGCGACUGAAGAAUGACUGGGAGGAGGUGCAGAGACUCCACUUCCCUCAGAGGACUGUGGAUCAGAUGAAGAAGGCUCUCAAUGCAUUCAGAAAACAAAAACGGCAAGAGCGGCGUCUUGCAAAUGCAGCAGCAGCGGCCAUUACAGCAGCACAGACGGAUGCUAUUUCUGCGGCCAGUAGCAACCUAACAAGCUCCCAAGUAUCUAGUAUUCCUAACUCACAAGAUAAGGAAAGCGUAAUAAUUCUUUCCCAAACCGAAGAUGAAGCAGACGAGGACGAUCGAAAUGAUGGAAGUAGUUGUCGGCCGGAACCGAAGCACGACUCGGGCGACGACUCUUGUUCGUUAGCAUCCCUCAUACGAGCGGAGGCUGACAACAAGAAUGUUUCAAGUAUAAGUAGUGUGAAUGGAUCCAAGAAGCAAAACACAGCGGGGAAAAUGUCAAAAGAUGUAGCAAAAUGGCCACAGAUGCCACAGCAGUGUGAUGAGGACCUGAUGCCUCUCAGUCUGAUUAGGGAGACGAAGGCCUCCUCCGAGUUCGAGGACUACCUCCGAAGCAUACCCACUCUGUCCAGACGCAAAAUCAAACUAUUCAUACAGAACUACAGGAAGUGUGAGGGGGAUGAGGAGAAGCAAAUGCAGGUGGUGGACAGACAUGCCCCACUCCUGUUCCCACACAUUCUAGCCCUCCAGUACUACAGGAAAGUCAAAGGGAAUUGUGAGCAGCUGAUCACAUCCCAGUUGGACAGUGUGAGUAGCAGGGAACUGUUCAAGGCCAGAUUGACUGGAGCCAGGGCAGCCGCCACUACUCGAACCAGAGAACUUGUCCAACAGCUAGAGAAAGUAACUGCGCGUGAUCUGGUGAUCCAGCAGAGGUUCUAUGAUAAGAAAGUGAAGCAGUUGAUGGAGAAGAGACCCCAAUUCGCGCACUCGGUCGCCACCCAAUCAGACCCAGACAUGCCCCAGAAGAAGUUCACAUACUCCAAACAGUUCAAGGAGGCUUUGAAAGAACUACUGGAGCACUAUCUGAAGACUUACUACGUUGAGGCGAUUCACGGUUCCAGAGACCUUGUGCUGAAAAGGUACUUCUCUCGCAAACUGCUUCCUUUCUGGGCGCCUCCCAAACCCCCAACUGCUACUACACCAUCGGGCGGAGUGGAUACUACUGGUAAAGAUGAAGCAAUGGGAACUGAAGCACAGGAUGCAAGUGGGGAAACGGAGACAAAGGCGAAGAAAAGUGAAUGGGGAGUAACUUCUGAAUCUCUGCUGCAAGUAGCACGGCUUCUGCUCGGCGUUCAGAGUCAAGAAUCUAGCUCAAAAUCCUCAAAAAUAUUAGACGUGGGCGGGGCUAAAACUUCCUCAACUAUAGGCGAAGGCAAGAAGAAAGAUGACUCCGGUCAGGUUAAAGAUGCCAAGAAAAGCAACGAAUGUUUGCUAAACGAAAAGAAUAGCUCAAAUAACGCCAAAAUAGAUGCCGUGAAAACAAGCAAAGUGACGUCUAAUGUUCAGGUUAAGAAAAAGUCGAGUGGCAACGAGCAAUCUCAAGCUAAACAGAUUAAGCAGAAAUCUGGUGGUUCUAAUGGCCAAGUUGCAAGUUUCAACGGGGGUGCAAAUAUCGUUGCGAACACAGAGGAAGAAAACGAGAACCCAUUGGAUAGUUCAAAUGAAGACAUCGCUCUAGCUUCGCUGAUCAUGUCAGAAUUGAGUACAAGUAAACAACAAAAUAGACAAACUACGUGCAACGGAAGUGAAAAACAAGAAGACGUGAUCAAAAGGUCGACUCUUAAUUUGACUGCAGGAAAAAGUGAUGUUUUCACACAGCCACAUGGAAACAAUGGUAACAUCUCUCCGAAAGUGAACGGUUCUAGAAAUAUAGAAAUAGUUAGCCCGAGUGAUAAUGUUAUUACUACAAAUAGCUAUGAGAAGUUAGUAAAACAUGUAUCGCUAUCUCCUCCGAGAAUGAGUGUAUCUCAGACUCAAAAUGGCGGCGAUGUAAGUUCGAUCCCAAUAGGAAAUCAGUCUUUAGUGAAUAAUGACUAUAUCAGCCAGCUUAGUGAGUUACAAAAGCAGAUAAGUGUUGCAGUUGCCAAUAGUCAGAAACAGUUUACAGUUGAUGCGAAUAAUGCUAGCCGAAGAGGUAGUGAGUCAUCAUCGGCAACAGCUAGAGGAAGCAAAAGAAGGUCAUCGAUCAAGAAUUCGCCCCCAGGGAUGCAAGGAACUUCUGACCAUUUAUCACCAGGAAAUGAUACAGAGAGUCCUAAUGUUUAUUUGGCGAACAUGAGUAGUAUGGUUCAAAAUACGGGUUUGGAAAGUGUGAGUAAACAGUUUGCAUUGAAUAGUCCCCCGGCUAAAAAUCAAAGAAUUGAAGAAGUGGAACAAGGGAGUUCAAUAGCUAGUCACAUUGACCUUUCCAAAAUUAUGAAAUCAAUUGAAAUGAUGAAAAAUAGCGAAAGAAAUGAAAUGGCAGUUGAACAAUCUAUGAUCGCCCAAAGAAUGGUGCAACAGCAAAAUAGUGCGACCUCGCAAAAAGUGCAAAGCCCGCCGCGUCAUCAACAGUCAUCGCCUAUUUUAUCUCGACAACAAUCACCCAGUGUCCAAAAUGCAAACAUCUACAUGAACAACUUGGGCCAUUUAGCAAAUGGUUCCUCGUUUCAAAAGAAUGCCAAAAUGGAACUGGAUGAUACUUUAACUGUUGACAACGUUCAAAGUUUACCAGGUUUUGAGAAUUUCAUGUCUCUUCAAGCACAUGCAACGCCAUCUAGAUCAUCUGUCGCUCCGGGGAAAAGUUUGAAUAAUGGUCGCGUAGUUAGUCAGGUUUCUCCUAAUCAAGCUUCACGGUCGAACCACAACUUUGAAUCCCAACAAGUCUCGCCAAAUCAGAAUUUUGGAGUCAACCAGGAUCUGGGAACUACUCAUCAGAAUUUGAAAACAAAUCAGUUAUCUCCUAAUCAAAAAUUGGGAGCCAAUAACACGUCUCCCAGUCACGUUAUGAGAGCCAAUGAGAUUUUAGCCUACGAGAAAAACGCCUCCAAGAAAAUAUCUCCAAAAUUGAAAUUAGGAGUGAAUCAGAAAUACACUAACCAAAAUAAUACUGCACAUAGCCAUGUGUCAGGGAGUCAGUUUUCAGGAGCCAAUCAAGUUUCAACUAGUCAGAUGUCAGCAGCCAAUCAGCUUUCGCCAAAUCAAAUUGUGGGAGCCGCAAAUACUUCAUUCAGUCAGAUGCUGGGUGCACAUAACUUGGGUUAUAACCAAAUUUUUCAAGACAAUCGGGCAUUAGAAAGUCAGAUUUUGAUUGCCAACCAACUUUCACCGAUCCAAAAUUCGGGAGCUAAUCAAUAUUCACCGAAUAAUGCAUCGCCUAGUUCUGUUCCCGAUUACUCAAACCUUCUCAGGCAAAUGAAUUAUUCGCCCAAUACGCCCACGUCAUCAAUAGUCAAACAGCCAACUGUCGCCAAGAAGUCUAGUGGCUUCAAGAUCAGCGGGGCACUUGGAAAGGUUGAACAUAGACCCAACCUACAACAAAAUGCGAAACCUAGUUCGAACCAAACUACGCAAUUCAACCACCCGCAGCAGUUUUCAGCAGGAUAUCAGUUGGCUGUAAAUGGAAAUGCGGCUUAUUUUCCACAAAACUACAGCCAACAAUUGAGUCCAAUUAUGCAUCAACAGAAUGCGUUGCUGAACUAUCAGCAAGGAGCCAGUCACCCCUGUCAAUUGAAUUCAGACCAACAGCAAAACCCUAAUGUGCAAUUCCGAACUAUUUUUAACCUCGAAUCUCCGGAGAAUUGAGGCUCGCAUUGAAUUCCAAUCUUAGAACUUAGAACUUCGCUUACAUAGUUUUGUAAACCUAUUUUAAUUGCAAUUGAGGAGCUUUUGGUGGCAUUUUAUUUAGUGCCUAUUUAUUUUGUUUUUAAAACUACUGUUUUUGUUAACCAAGUACCUACCUUCGGGGAAUGAUAGAUAUUUUGUGGAUCAAUUGUCUAUCUGAAGUCAUCAAUACAAUUUUGAAUUCCGACAAAA